AAGUUGUGUUCAUCAGCAUUCGUUUAUUUAUUUGUUAAUAAUUCACAAACAACGUGAUCUCAUUUGUUGUACGAGCAGCGCUGGAAUGUGUUCGCUGCGGCGCGUGCUGGCCGGGGAGGAAUGCCUUGACCACGCCCCCCUCCUCCCUGGCGUCCAAUCAGGGCGCGGGGACCGUUUCAAGGCGCCCGCGGAGUCCCAACCGUAGAAAAACAAAACCCGGGAUAACAACAAAACUCUCGUUUUACACCCAACUACGAACCAGAAUUCGUUUUUCCGCGCUAGAUCUUCCGUACGCGAUCGAUUCUCGCUGUUUUCCGUCGCUCCUAGUGGCCUCUCGGGCGAUGUUGUUUAUCUGUAGUAACGGGGGGCUUGAAACCGCCCUCCCUUGCCCCAUUUCCUCGGUUGUUUUCCUUCUCUCGCCUGGAUUCUCCAUGUUGUUGCUGCAAAAGUGAGGACUCUCAAAAGAGAGGGGGGCUUCUUGGCGAUAUUACCAGCAAUACAGUCGGCACAUUCGAGAAGACGGGCCGCACGGAGUCUCAAAUAGCGUCCGAAGAACAUAUCCAAGUGCCUUGCCCCCUCCCCAGGCGGACCCUCCGAGGGAAGAAGAAGAAGAAGAAGAGGCGGCGGACGGGAGAAUAAUAAAGAAAGCCAGGAACAAGAUAAAUCCUACUCCCAUCGAGGAUCGUAACUGAGGCGGAUGACAAGUUAACUCGGCGAAUAAUAACGUCAGCUUGUCAAUAAAACCCAAUGAGGGAUGCCCAUCAGUACUCGGGGACAGGAUUUGAGGAUUUUGAGGGCUCCGUGAUUGUCAGAUGGAAAGUUCUGUUAUCACCCAAGUGCAAAAAGAAGACGUCCAAGUGUCACCGAAAACAGGCCAGGUGAGCCGGUCUGCCCUGAAACAGCCGCGGAGUUGCAACAUCUUCAAAGCGCUCUUCUGUUGCCUCCAAGCUCAGGAUGGCCCCAAAUUACCAGCACUGCCGCCGCCACCACCGCCGCCAUCACCCUCCCAGCAGGGAUUGCUGGAGUCACAGGAAAAUGGGAUGGUUGUCAAGCUAUCUGAACCAAACCUGCUGCCUGAGGUAACGGCCCAGGACCAAGGGAAGAUAUGCGUGGUCAUAGACCUGGAUGAGACCCUGGUGCACAGCUCAUUCAAGCCUAUUAGUAAUGCAGACUUCAUCGUGCCUGUGGAGAUAGAGGGGACCACACACCAGGUGUAUGUGCUGAAGAGGCCGUAUGUGGACGAGUUCCUGCAGAGAAUGGGCGAAUUGUUUGAAUGUGUGCUGUUUACAGCCAGUCUCGCUAAGUACGCAGACCCAGUGACGGACCUGCUGGACCAGGGAGGAGUAUUCCGGACCCGGUUGUUUCGGGAAUCUUGUGUAUUCCACCAGGGCUGCUAUGUCAAGGAUUUAAGCCGCCUAGGCAGAGACCUCCACAAAACCCUCAUCCUGGACAACUCUCCUGCCUCCUACAUCUUUCACCCAAAUAAUGCUAUUCCGGUGAUGUCGUGGUUUGACGACGUGGAUGACGCUGAGCUGCUCAACCUUCUUCCUGUGUUUGAAGAUCUUAGCCAAGCUGAUAACGUUUACACCCGGCUGGACCAGCUUCGUGGACAUUAACUUUCAACAGACCUGCUCGACUCCAACGGGAGCUCCAGCUCUAAAGUUGACUAAAAUAGCCACGUGUAUUCAGAACAUAGACAUAAGUUUCCAGACUGUUCUCUUUGCCUGCGCACAAAAUCCUUCUGUUUAGAAAACUGCAUUGGUAUGAGGUCAAGGAAAUUCUAAGCCUGGGGAAAGAUUCUUGGCUCAACUGAAAGUAUAUGUCACAAAGUGAGGCCUUUCCUCUGAUCCACAAUGCUGACAAUAAUCACAAAUCACUACUCUUAAGCACCACGACAGAGCUGCAAACAACAACAAAAAAAAAAAAACACCAAAGCACUCCCAUCACAAUCACUCCAGUUGGUAUGAAUUUCAAAGGGGUUCUUUUGCCAAAGCAGAAGCCUGCCUGUCCUGACUUGACUUUUGGACAUUGUUUUUGUUAAUUGUGCCUUUUAUGGAACAACAAAAACACCUUUUUUUAAUUAAAAAAAAAAAAAAAGAUUUUAUACUUUUCAUUUUAAUAGGCUGUUUUAUAAGGAAAUCUAUUUUUAAACGGUCAGCACGGUUCCUCUAUGCAACCCAGUUCUGUGAUCACAUGGACAGUACCUCUUGCGUUGCCAGUCAAGCAGACAUUACUGUAGCCUUAUUUAACUAUAAAUGGGUGUCAAAACAAGUGUAUUUUUAGUCAUUUGUAUCAUGAAAGUGGUUUCUACAUAACAUGCAAUAUAAAUCCUAAGUGGUCAAAUUGACAUUUGAUACUAUUGGUUAUAAAGUUGGGUAAAUGGGGUGAAAUCUCGUCUUUGAUCCUUUUGAAAACAGACACUGGAAUUUUUUUUUUAAUUUUUUUCAUAGGACACGUUUAUUUCUAAAUGCCACCGUUUUAAGUCAUGGUUUAAUAGUUCAUUUGUUACUAUAUUCUUCUAUUGCUCAGUGGCAAACAACUUGCACUUCUUUUAUAUUGACAGUGCUGUAAGUAAAAGCUGUGCCUUUUGAAAUUGGGACAGAGAAUGGUGUUUUGCCUGAACAGAGAUUUGUAGGCAUACACACUGAUGUGUCAUGCUGAGCGUGAGAAAACACUGUCAGGAGCAAGUGUAAUGCCAGGGGCUGCGGUACUUGCAGUGCAACACUUGAAAAUAUCAAAUUUGAUAUAUUUGGGUUUGUUUUUUGUUUUUUUAAAUGUGUCUUUUUCUAUAUUUAUUGGCCAAAAACUUGUGUCCAGUACUUCAUAAUGCUCAGCCUUGUGUAUUGUAAUCCGUUUGCCUGUUUUGAGGCUGGCCUUGUGUUUAACUGUUUUAUCUGUGCCUAAAUAAUGCACGUUUUGCUGUCAGAAUUAACUAUACAAAACCUUACAGUUAAAUCGGCGGAUGUAAACCGGAGAUUCAGUCAUUCAAGCAAACAUACAUUUGAAAUCCAGUACAACAGAGAUUUUGAAAGGUUACGUUUUUUGGGGGGGUUGAAUGGUUUCUUUUUUUUUUUCUAUGAUGUUUUAUGUCUGCAUGUCAACUAGUGAAACAUGACAAUGAGAAUAUUGAAACCAGUUGUGAUGACCAAAAGUAUUUGUUUAAAGUCACAAUUUGUCUUUGUAUGAGAAUAAAUCCAGAACUUAAUUUUUCUCUACCUGGUCUGACCAAAACUCUAAAAGACUGGGUGCUACCAAUUUUUAUUUUCAAAUAAGUUUUACUUUCAAAUAAAAAUUGGUUCUAUUUUA